GUUCUUUGACAGUGAAACAGCAAAUUGGGCUCCCGAAACAAUGCAGCGACAUAUGAAAUCAAGUGAACAUCUGCAACGAGGUGUGCCGAGGCUUGUGCAUACUGGAACAAUCAAUGCUGUGGUGAGGAGCUUCAUCAUUUAUGGCCCAGGCAUUUGUUCCUGUCGUAAUCCACAUAUAUCAGUGGUUGAGCCAUCAUCAUCCUGAAGACACUUUAAUGGGUUCAAGACUUCUCCCAUCGGGGAAGAGAGGUUUUUGUGAUGCAAUAAAGUUCACCUUCGUUCACUUUCGGCGAGCAUAUUAGGGGCGACUGGACGGAAAAAAAGAAACGUGGACUACAGGUAUUGUACACAUUGCUGGACAUUGUGGCAAUGAUUAAAGGGAGAAGACUCAAGAUACAGGCACAUAACGUGUUGAGAAGACCAUAUCACCAAGCAGGUGGUGGAAAAAGACAUCAGAGGUAUGACCAUUUGAGUGCUUUGAUAAAUAAAAUACUUUCAGAGAAGCCAGAAAAUAUAAUGGAAGGAUUUGAAGAGUAUAGCCGAACCUUGAAAGAAAAAUGGUUCAGAUCAGCUGCAGAUUGUCUUCAGGACCAAUAUAUCAUUCGUAACUAUCCAGAUUACACACAGAAGCUCAUAACUCUAUUUAGGCCUCUUCCAGAAGAAAAGACGGAGACAGAAGAUGAUGAGGAAGGAGCAGGUGACAAAAGGAUGGAUCUUAUGGAACUUCAGUACUACUUUGAGCAAGCAGGGGCAGGAUUAUCAAAAAAUGAAGUGUUCUGCACAUCAGCAGCACUUUACAACUUGGGUCAACGAGAAAUCAUAAAGAAGUACAGGUUCUGGGGAAAGAUAUUUGGUCUUGAAAAGAAUUACAUCAUUGCUGAGGUGGAGCUAACAGAAGAGGAGACUACGCAACGCAUUGAGGAACAAGAGAGACUGGAAGAAGAACGAAGAGCAGCACUGGAAGAAGCUGAGGCAGAGGCAGAACAAGAGGCUAAACCUGAGGAGAUUGAGGAAGAAAAAAUUAAACUCAAACCUGCACCAAAGAUACCACGACCACCUAAAUCCAUGUAUAAGAAGCCACCUGAUGUGCCACCAGAAAAAAUAGGUGAAGGCACAAAUCAAAAGGUCUACUUUGUUUGUAAUAGACCUGGGGAAGAAUGGAUAGAAUUACCCAAUGUUACACCCCAACAAAUUACUGCUGCUCGUCAAAUUAGAAGAUAUUUCACAGGAAAUCUGGAUACAGAGAUGUUUACAUAUCCACCAUUCCCUGGAAAAGAGAUUAAUUAUCUUCGAGCACAGAUUGCUCGUAUAUCUGCAGGAACUCAGAUCUCUCCACUUGGAUUCUAUAAUUUUGGAGAGGAUGAGGAAGAAGAAGUUGAAGAAGAAGAAGGAGAGGAAAGGAUCCCUGUUCCAAAUGCAGCUUUUGAGCCAGUGCCUUUAAGAGAUCUUCUCGAUCCAAGCAUGUCCUUCUGGGUCCAUCACGGAAGGCACAUAUUGAAGCAAGGCCGGACGAAAUGGUGGAAUCCAAAGCAAAAGUCAGAGGAUGAGGUUGAAGAGGAGGUGGGUCCCGCUGAAGAAGAAGAAGAGGAAGAAGUAGAACCAGAAGUAGGACCUCCAAUGUUCACACCCCUUUCAGAGGAUGCAGCACUAGAAACUAUGCCUGCUUGGAGUGUUCGAAUAGGAUCUCAAAUUGUUAAAGAUACAGCCAUUGCCUUUGUUCGUUCAAAUUUAUGGCCUGGUGCAUUUGCUUUUGCAGCAGGCAGGAAAUCUGACAAUAUUUAUUUGGGAUGGGGCCACAAAUAUGUUGCUCAUAACUAUUCUCCUCCUGGGAUGGAGUCUAUUCAAACAGAAUACCCCCUUGGGCCAGAAAUAAUGGAAAUUGAGGACCCAUCUGUAGAACAAGAAGAAGCAUGGAGACUGGCUCGCGAGAAAAAGAAGGCUCGACCCGAAGAAGAAGAAGAAGAGGAAGAGGAAGGAGAGGAGGAGGAAGAGGAAGAUUAG